GUACAAUUAAGGUCACAGUAAUAAGAACUUCAUGUGAUCAUGGUCGCAAGGAGAGGAAGAAGACGAGAAUCACUCCCAUGCGACGACGGACAGCCGUCCGAUCGGCAUCGGACGGUGGAUAGCGUCUCUUGGCCGGCAAAACAUCUCCGUCUUUCUCACUACUUUAGCCAUGAGUAGCUCUUGCCGGAGCUGUGAGCUCCUUUUGGCACAAAUUCCUCAAGAAAAAGGAGCGAAUAUGCCACCUCUGCGGCCGAUCUUGCUCGCCGCCGCGGCCGCCGUCGCCGUCGCGUCACUGUGGUCAGCUGCCUGCGUGGCGGCCGACAUCGACCCGUCGGGGAUGCCGUCGCCACCUGCAACCGUCUCGCCGUUCCCGUUCUGCCCGACGACGCCGCCGCCGGGGAGUUUGACGCAGCCGUUUCCCUGGGCGGAGCCGUCUCCGGCGACGACGCUGUUUCCCCAGGAUCCAGGGUUUCUUGCAUCCGGGGCAUGCAGGAUGGCACUGGCGUGGCUUCCUCUGGCCUUUGUGCUUUCUGCUUUCUUGGUGCUCUUGCAGUGACCUGUAUUCACUGUGCCCUUGAUGUAUGUGUUGAAUUCAGAUUCCACAGUCACUGAAUAUUGCAUCUGGUGUGAUGCCAUGGUGAACUGUUAGCCAUCGGUAUCAGAUAUGUUUCAUAUAGUAGUUGUGAUUUGUGAAUACUACGUCAAAUUUGAGUUC